GACUUGAUAGCCAUGAUUGGAGAAUACGUCGGUACCGUCCUCUUCAUGAUCUUCGCCCUUGGCGGCUCAAACGUCGCCCUUAUCCCCAACACCUCCCUCACCGGCGAGACCGUCAAUGGUCAAAACGACUCCAUCAUCUCCACCGCCAACACCUCCAACCUCCUCUACAUUUCCCUCUGCUUCGGCUUCUCGCUCGCUGUCAACGCGUGGAUCUUCUUCCGAGUCUCGGGCGGCCUGUUCAACCCGGCGGUGUCCCUCGGCAUGGUGCUCGUCGGAGCGUUGACGCCGGUCCGAGGGGCGCUCUUGACGUUUGUUCAGGUGCUAGGCGGGAUCACUGGAGCUGCGAUCAUCGAUGCUAUCACUCCCGGUACACUAAACAUCCGGACCCAGCUCAGCCCCGGUACAUCAAUCGCCCAAGGCCUGUUCAUCGAAAUGUUCCUCACUGCCUUCCUCAUGCUCGCCAUCCUCCUCCUCGCAGCCGAAAAGAACAAAGCCACAUUCAUCGCGCCAAUCGGUAUCGGACUCGCUCUGUUCGUGGCGGAGCUACUCGGGGUGUACUACACCGGCGGAUCGCUCAAUCCAGCUCGGAGCUUUGGACCCAGUGUCGUUCUGCACGAGUUCACCAACUACCACUGGAUCUACUGGGUCGGUCCCGCCCUCGGCGCUAUCCUCGCGGCGGCUUUCUACAAGCUCCUCAAGUGGCUGCAAUACGAGACCUGCCUCGGACCC